CAUCUACGCUAUUUGAAUUUUAACGUUUGUGUAUAAAUUCAAAUAGUGCGCACUUCUUUGCAUGUGAAACACGUACGCUGUCUUUUUUCUUCAAUAAGGCGUCUUAACAAGAUUUCCAAGUGUCCCGCUGAUGCUUAUGUAAGCGGAAUGACGUUUCUAAAAGCGCUAUUUUCGAAUUGUCAUCCGUUCAUUUGAGAGAAUCAACGAUCAAUUGGAGCACCCUCACUGGAUGGGCAAUUCUAACACCAAGGAAAACUAUCAUAAUUAUCAGCAGUAUGAUAGUCAGUAUAGCCUUAGUAAUCUAUUUGGCGGAAGCUGCGUCGCAACAACACAGACUUCUAAUGAGGAACAUAGAUCAUUAUCUCGUGCUUCCCAUAGAAGUUGGACCAACGGUGCUCUACAGAAUGUUUAUGCAUCUUCUAAAACAGUAUGGCCUGUUCGACGCUUUCAGUCAAUCUUCCUACCAGAAUUUUCAAUUAAGGAGAUACCUAUGAAGACAGGAUAUACUUUCUUAGAUAUAAUAGCCAAAGGUACUUAUGGAAAAGUAUAUAAAGUGCAAAAACAGGAGACUGGUCAAAUCUUUGCAUUAAAAGUCAUUAGCAAAGCCAGGAUUAUAGCAGAAAAUGCCGUCAAACAAGCCAAAGAGGAGGUAGCAAUACAGAGAAUGGUUGGACAUCAUUCUUUUAUAGUAAAUUCUAUUCACAGAUGGCAAAGCAAAAAAACUUUAUAUAUAUUGAUGGACUACAUUUCUGGGGGAGAAUUAUUUUCACUAGUCGAUGAGUUUGGUUGUUUACCUGAAGAAGUAGUUAGGAUAUACGUAGCUGAAAUUGCUUUAGCAAUAGAUUUUCUACAUAACGCGGGCAUAGUGCACAGAGAUCUAAAAACAACAAAUGUUCUGCUUGACGAAGAUGGCCAUGCUGUGAUAAUCGAUUUUGGUUUUGCCAAAUGGUUGCAACGCACAGAACGUACAAAUACAUUAUGUGGGACACCUUUUUAUAUGGCACCUGAAAUCUUAAGAAGAGAAUAUUAUGGACAGGAAGUUGAUUGGUGGUCACUGGGAGUCUUAGCCUGUUUUCUACUUACAAAUGAGUAUCCGUCCACCUUAUCGUCCGACUAUGUACCUGACCAAGAUGAUUUGAAUUGUGCGAACGUACCAGGAACCUUACCAGCGAAUGCGGAUAUUUCACCAUCAGCGAGGGAUCUUCUGAAACGGCUCUUACAACCGGAGCCUCGUCUAAGGCUCCGAAAUCUUCUCAGCCUUCAACGGAUCGCUUUUUACAUGGGUUACGAUAUUCAAAGUUAUAUGUUAAAAAAGGAAUCGCCAUUCCAGAUUCUAGGAGUGAAUAACCGGCGAGAAACACGGCAACAAAAAGUGGAUUCUUUCGAUGACAAAUUUCCAAAUUUUGAGUCGUUUCCAGGAGGUAGUAACGUCACGCGGACAAGUCAAUGAUCUCAUAAUGAUAUUUAUCAUUCUCUAUCUGAUUAUAUGUAUAUCUUUUAUAAAAAAUAUUUUUCUCGUGCAUAUUAUAUAUAUUUUUCAAAGCACUAGCACGUGUGUAUAUCUGCUUUGAAAUGUAUAAUGCAUACGUAACAAAGUUAUUUUUGAUAAAAUUUGCAUUAGAAUAAUUUUUUUUAUAUAAAUAUUUAAUAUUUGGAGCGAUGUAUUCGUCGAAUAUUAUAAUCUCUUUAAUGAAUCUCAAAUAGAGAAUUUCAAAUUAAGCGACUUAAAAAAAUACAAUCUCUUUUAAUACAUUACUCAGGUAUAACAAUAUGUGAUAACAUUAAUAAUAUAUUGAACAGAAAUA